AUGGGUCGCGGCGAUCGCAUACUGGAUAGAGCGUGGGCCCGGUUCACUGACUCCGAUCGGAUAGCAAUAACCGACACGGGCGCAUUGAUUGAGGAGAUCGAACAGAUUUGGGGACGGGCGCUUCUAUCCCCGGACUACAAGGCAUUCUGGAUUGACACGAUCCUCGAGCAUCCCAGCAGAAGUCUAACCAAGCACGAGUUUUUGGUGCUAUUUAAGAUGCUUUUUGAGGUCGAUUUCGAAGAUUUAUUUGAUACAGACACAGAUCUCACGAGGCGAACGGACACGAGAACAAUAAAUCGGAAGGCACCUGUGGCAUUGUCCCUGGUGGAGCAGAAACAGAAGCUGUUCCAGAAAAUUAGCAUACUGAAAGGCACGUUAAACGCGCAGCGCAAGCGGUCGGUCAACGAAGACCGCACAAUGGAAUUGCAAUUGAAUAGACGACUCGUGGACUGCUACGAGACAUUAAUCCAGGUUUACGAGCAGCUAGCUGCCCAGCCCGCGGACUCGGCGCUGGUGCUCGCGGUGAGGCGCCAAGACGAGCUGCUAGCGCGUUUUCAGCGGAAACUGAAUCGCACGGCCAAAAUCAAACUAUGGCGGUCUUAUCUGACGCUGCUGGUGGCUGGACUGCUGGCAUUUUGCGUUGUUUCGUACGUUAUGGGGCUCGUUUUUCGACUCGCUGAACCCGAUUGA